UUCUCACUCUCUCUCUAUCUUUCUACCUCUCUCUCUCUCUUUCUCUCGUCGCGCGCGUGUGUACGUGCAUCGCCCGUAGCGGUACGUAGCACGACCUCCGGGAGUGCGACGGAUAAGUUUUCGUUGUUUGUCGUAAGCGCGCCAGCCGGGAUUCGGAAUGGGUGAUGUGCACGGGCUUCUUGUUAGUGACUUCGACCAGCGGGAGGAUACCGCCGGAGACGACGUCGGGACAUCGGUAGCCGUCGGCAUGUACCACUGGCUGAAGAGCCAUCGGCAAAAUCACGAGUCACUGGAGCAUCGUCGACGCGGCGCAGAGUCCCCACUUCUUUCACUGCGCCACCGAGUCAUCGCCAAGCAGUCCAAGCUGAAUUCCAACGCGUCCGGUGUGCGAUCGAACGAUCGACGGAGGAGGAAUGGCAGCCGGCAGGAAACUCGCGAAACGUCACGGCGCAGCUUCACCGUCAGCAGCGUCCUCCACCUGCUCGUCCUCGUCGGGCUGUUCGCCCUCGGCACGGCCGAGGCUCGAACUUUUUGCCCCACCGGCUGCACCUGCGACGACGACACCUUGGUGGUGUCCUGCGUGGGCGCUAACCUGGACGUCAUACCGAUCGCGUUGAAUCCCAGUAUCCAGCGGAUAGUGCUGAAGGAGAACCGCAUCAAGAUCGUGGACGCGGCGGCGUUCCAGUUCUACGGUGACUUGAAGAACGUCGAUCUCUCCAGCAAUCACUUGUUUACCAUACCGAACGGCAGUUUCGACGCGCAACGGCACCUGGUGGAGCUCCACCUCAAGCACAACAAGAUCUCAGCGCUGACCGAGAAGACGUUCCAGGGUCUCAAGUCCCUGACGGUGCUGAACCUGCGCGACAAUUACCUGGAGACGCUCAAAAGCGGCCUCUUCGCUUACCUGUCGAAGCUCGAGGAGCUCGACCUGGGCCAGAAUCGCAUAUCGAAAGUCGAGCCGGGCGCGUUUCAGAAGCUGGGCACCCUGCGGGUGCUGUAUCUCGACGACAACCAGCUGAGAACCGUGCCGUCGCCGGCGCUGUCGCCGCUGAACGCCCUCGCGGAGCUGCACAUCGGCUGGAACGCCUUCUCCACGCUGCCGGAUGACGCGUUCAAGGGUCUCGAGCAGUUGGCGGUGCUGGACAUCAUGGGCGCGGGGCUGGACAACAUCAGCGACGGUGCGUUUCGGGGUCUGAACGCCCUUCGCACCUUGAAAUUGGGCGCCAACAAGCUGCGCGAGGUGCCCACGAAGCAGCUGGCGGUAUUACCGCGUCUCGAGGAGCUCACCUUGGGCCAGAAUUUCUUCACGAUGCUGCGAUCGGGCGCCUUUCAAGGUCUGUCGACGCUGAAGAAGCUCGACGUAUCCGGCGCCAAGCUGCUCACCACCGUGGAGAAGGGCGCCUUCUCGGAUAACGCCAACCUGGAGAGUCUCGUGUUGAACAGCAACAAGCGCUUAGCCACCAUGGAGGACGGCGCGCUGGCUGGCCUGCCGAAUCUCAGGCACCUGAUGCUGCGCGACAACGCCUUCGUCAUGUUCUCGGAGUCGUUGGUCGCGUGGAACGAAUUGCGCCGGUUGGACCUGAGCGAGAACCCGCUGGUCUGCGACUGCAGCCUGCUCUGGCUGGCGGAGGUGUUGGUGCCGAGGAACUGCAGUCCGGUGAUAUGCGCCGAGCCGGCCGAGUCCAAGGGCAAACCCAUCAAGGGCAUGACGCCCGACGAGCUGGGCUGCGCCUUCUCGGACCCGCGCAAGCAGGCCCUCCUGGCGACGAUAUGCGCCGCCGGCGUGGCCGUCUUCACCGUACUCGCGCUGACCCUGUACUACCGCUGUCGCAGGCGCGUGCGCGACGUGCUCAAGGACUACAAGUGGAAGAACCGGGCGAUAUCGCGGAAAGAGCACGAGUACCAGAAGACUUUCUCAGACGACGAGUACAUCGUCCGAUCGGCGCACGCCCAUCACCACCAGCAUCACCACCAGCCGCAGUCGCAGCAGGUGCCGGCGCACCAUCACCACCACCACCUGCAGCAGCAGCAGCAACAGCAGCAGCAGCAACACGCGCAGAUAGCGGCCGGCAUCAAGCCGAUACCCGUGACGGAGCUCACCACCCUCGCCGAGGGCUUCACCUACAUCGACGGCGAGACGGCGCGUCAGAUGCGCCGCCCGGGGACGCUGCCCGUCGCGAACAACGCGUCCGGCCACCGCGCCGGCGGCGGAGGGGGUAGAGGCGUCGUCGACGACGGUACGGCGUCGUUGAGCGGCACGCCGAUCGACGGGCUCGCCGGCAGACCGCAUUACUCCAAUCACUCCCUGCGCCGCACGCCGCACUCGCAGCCGCAGCUCACCUCCAGGGAGCCGGACGAGCGGAUGCGUGUCGAGUCCGUCGGUCUCCAGAACGGAAUCCUGCCGGCCGGCCGCCACCACCCGUCACCGCCGCCGUUGCCCUCCAGGCAUCAGCCUUCGUGCGGCCAGUCGUCGUACCCCACGCUGCCGGUCAACGGCCACGCCGCUCAUCACUAUCAUCACCACGCGAGGGAACGCGAGAAGGACAGGUCGUCCACUCGCGAGAGAAACCGCGAACCCCGUGGGGACGUCGGCCCGCCGUCGUUGGCGCAACACCGCCCGGACAAGCACCGGGAGCCGCAGCUGGAGAUGGAACUGCGGGACAGCCUCGACCUGGCCGGUAUCGGCACGUACCGAGCGUAGACGACGAGCGCGUCGCGACUAAACGGAAGACGGGAUCUGUACGGAGACGAUCGCGCGGACUCCUCUGCGUUGUUGGCCUCGCGAGCGAGAAAAUUCCACGACGAACGAUGCGACCGUAAGGGAGAAGCCCGAAGCACUAAGGAAGCCCAGGGAAAUUAGCCAUUAGGACCGAGCGAAACGCAGGGGAGAUCGUCGACCGGAAGGAUAUCAAGAAGCGAGGGCAGACUCGAGUAGCGAGCGGCGAUCGCCGUUUCCUACCUCGCUACGUCGCUGUGAUAGCGCAGUCUGAGAAAGCCAUUCUGCACAGGAUCACUAUCGAGACGGAGACACGCACAUACGUUAGCAUUGUCCUGCACCGACCGUCGACGCGACAACCAGUCGAUUCCAGCCGGAGGAAUCCCCCGAGGUUGGACUACUUCGCGAGUUAUACACCGAGCGGGCGAAUGAAGCAGCCGGGACGACUAUCUUCGCCGGUUGCGCGGAUUACACCUUCACCGCCUGGGAUGCUUUUUUCUUCGAGUUCCGUUCUUACUCGGCUCCGUGUUUUCGCAGUUCGACCUCCCUCCGGCCCUCAUACUUAAUUUAACGUAUAACGAUCGCAGCGAGAGUGAGUGAGAGAGAGAGAGAGAGAGAGAGAGCACGAAAAACAGCUAUAAGUUCUCCGUCAUGAUCACGCGCGUACGCACUUCGACAGUCCUAAAACGGUACUUAGCAAGUCCUAUCCUCUCACCGGCACGACGGCUAUCGGGAGAAAAAAAAAGGAGGGGGAACUAUGGGCGUUUUUCGCGUCACCGUGGGGAGUCUCCUCGAGUAUCGCCGAGGGAAAGAAGAGCGGACGGAAGCGAACUCUCGCCGGGAUUUUCCUCCACCUUAGCGCUGAUGACCGCGAGAUCAGUGUCGUCGAGCAUGAGUAAUGCCAAACGGAAAUCUCUCGCGGGGCCGCGCGAAGAGCCGUGGAAAGAGACGAAGCUUCCGGUCCCACACCGGAAACGACGGGCCAUCAGCCACGUGGAGCCUGUUGUUCCAUGUGAUACGUAUACAUACCGCACGCGUACAGAAACGCGCUCGACCACUUGAUGAUCGUGCCGAGACCGCCGAGCUCGAUCGAGACCCGAAGUUCGAUAGCGCAUCGGUCUGCGCCGAGUCACUCUUCGAGAUCCGAGGACGAGAGGGCGGGGGAGAGGCCAGGGAGAACGUAACGAGUCGCGGUGUCUCGAAUCGGCGCGGGCAACAGCUCGCGGAACGAGAGUGACUCGUUAGGAUACACCGAUCGUCGCUCGAUCGUGAUCGUUUUAUUCGAGAAGCGAGCGCGUUGGCGAGAUACGGUGAAAGAGAGAGAGAGAGAGAGAAAGCUCGCUCCGUGCAAAUCAUAAAGGAGUGUAUCAUAAACGAGAGGAGACACACCGCACUAAGCAACGUAGGACUGCAGCUAUAUAAAUAUAUACAUAUACACAGAUAAAUAUAUAUAUAUAUAUAU